CCCCCCCCACCCCACCCCCCCCCAACCCCCCCAACACCCCCUCCCCUACCCCACCCCCCCCCCCCCCACCCCACCCCCCCCCCACCGCUCCCCCCCCCCCCCCCCCCCCCACUACCACUCCCCCCCCCCCCACCCGACCCACCCCCCCGCCAACCCCCCCCACCCCCCCCCCCCCCCCCCCCACCCGCGCCCCCCCCCCCACCCCCCACCCAGCACCCCCCCUCUCCACCCCCCCCCCCCCCACCCCCUACACCCCCACCGCCCCCGCCCCCCCCUCCCCCGCCACCCCCACCCCCCCCCCCCCCCCCCCCUUACCCCCCCCCCCCCCCCCCCCCCGCCCCACCCCCCGCUCCCCCCACCCCCAACCCCUACCCAUACCCCGACCUUCCCCCCCCCCCCCCCCCCACUCCCCCCCCCCCCCCCCCCCCCCCCCCCCCCCCCCCCCCCCCCCCCCCCCCGCCCCCCCCCCCAUACACCCCCCCCCCCCCCCCCCCCCCCACCCCCCCCCCGCCCCCACCCCAAACCCCCCCCCCCCCACCCCUCCCCCCCCCCCCCCCACCGACCCCCCCCCCACCCCCCUACCCCCCCCCCCCCCCCCCCCCCCCCCCCGCCACCCCUCCCCCUCCCCGCCCCCCACCCCCCCCCACCCCCCCCCACCUACCCCACCCCCAACCACCCCCCCCCCCCCCCCCCCACAACCCCCCCCCCCGCCCCCACCCCCCCCCCCCCCCCCGCCCCCCCCCCCCCCCCCCCCCCCCCCCACCCCCAAAACCCCCCCGCCCCCCCCCCCCCACCCCCACCACCCCCCCCCCCACCCACCCCCCCCCCCCUACCCCCCCAUACCCCUCCCCCCCCCCCCCCCCGCCACCCCCCCCCGCGACUCCCCCCCCACCCGCCCACCCCCCUCCCCCCCCCCCGCCCCCCCCCACCCCACCCCCCACCCAACCCCCCCCACCCCCCCCCAACCGCUAACCCCCCCCCCCCCUCCCCCCCCACACCCCCCCGACCCCCCCCCCCCCCCCCCCCCCCCCCCCCCCCCCCCCCCCCCCCCCCACCCCCCCCCCCCCCCCACCCCCCCCCCCCCCACCCACCUCCCCCCCCCCACCCCCCCCCCCCCCCCACCAACCCCCCCCCCCCCCCACUACAACCUUAACCCCGCCCACCCCCCGCCCUCCCCCCCCACCCCCCCCCCCACCCCCAUCCCCCUCCCUUACCUCCCCUCCCCCCCCCCCACCCUCACCCUGGAACCCUACGUCUCAUCCACAGUUUGGAGCCCUACAUCUCAACCCACAGUUGGAAAACCCUACUGUCUCCAUCCCACAGUUGGAACCUACUGUCUCAUCCCACAGUGGAACCCUACUAAUCUCAUCCCACAGUUGGAGCCCUACUGUCUCCAUAUCCCACAGUUGGAACCCUACUCUCUCAUCCCACAAGUUGGAGCCCUACUGCUCAUCCCACAGUUGGAGCCCUACUGAUCUCAUCCCACAGUUGGAAACCCUACUGCUCAUCCCACAGUUGGAGCCGUACUAUCUCAUCCCACAGUUGGAACCCUACGGUCUCAUCCCACAGUUGGAGCCCUACUAUCUCAUCCCACAGUUGGAACCCUACUGUCUCAUCCCACAGUUGGAGCCCUACUGUCUCAUCCGCACAGUUGGGAGCCCUACUAUCUCAUCCCCACAGUUGGAACCCUACUGUCUCAUCCCACAGUUGGAGCCCUACUAUCUCAUCCCACAGUUGGAACCCUACGGUCUCAUCCCACAGUUGGAGCCCUACUGUCUCAUCCCACAGUUGGAACCCUACUGUCUCAUCCCUCGUUGGAGCCCUACUGUCUCAUCCCACAGUUUGGAGCCCUACUAUCUCAUCCCAACAGUUGGGAAACCCUAA